UUUACAUCACUAGCAGAAUACUGCUUCUUCUUUAAUUCGUGAAAUUUUUUUUGGAUAACAAGAUAAAAAGACGAUUUUUACGACAAUCAUAUAAAGUCCAUUAAAAUGCCGAAAUUUUAUAAAAUUGAGAUCAAUCGUACCGAAUGGGAUAUUCCUGAAACGUACCAAAAUCUCCAGGCUGUUGGACAGGGUGCCUACGGCCAAGUGUGCAAGGCCCUGGUGCGAGGUACCUCGACAAAGGUGGCUAUUAAGAAAUUAGCCCGUCCUUUUCAAUCGGCAGUGCAUGCGAAGCGCACAUACCGUGAGUUAUGUCUCCUAAAGCACAUGGAUCACGAAAAUGUUAUUGGACUGCUGGAUGUAUUUCAUCCCGGCCAGCCAGCCGAUUCGUUGGAUCAAUUUCAGCAGGUCUACAUGGUAACACAUCUUAUGGACGCUGAUCUAAAUAACAUUAUACGCACGCAGAAGCUAUCAGACGAGCAUGUGCAAUUUCUUGUCUAUCAGAUAUUGCGUGGAUUAAAGUAUAUUCACAGCGCUGGGGUCAUUCACCGUGAUUUGAAACCCUCCAAUUUGGCUGUAAAUGAGGAUUGCGAGCUGCGUAUCUUAGAUUUCGGACUGGCUCGACCCGCUGAGAGUGAAAUGACGGGAUAUGUGGCAACGCGUUGGUAUCGGGCGCCAGAAAUUAUGCUUAACUGGAUGCACUACAAUCAGACAGUUGACAUUUGGUCUGUGGGCUGCAUAAUGGCUGAGCUGUUAACGGGACGUACUCUGUUUCCAGGCACCGAUCACAUACACCAGCUGAAUCUAAUCAUGGAGGUGCUCGGCACACCUAAUGAUGAGUUUAUGAACAAGAUCUCGUCGGAAAGCGCACGCACCUAUAUACGAUCAUUGCCCGUGAUGCCGCGUCGCAAUUUCCGUGACGUUUUUCGAGGUGCCAAUCCACUGGCCAUUGAAUUGCUGGAAAAGAUGUUGGAACUGGAUGCGGAAAAGCGUAUUACAGCUGAACAGGCACUUGAACAUCCAUAUAUGGAGAAAUGGCAUGAUCCCAGUGAUGAGGCCACAUCAACGCUCUACGAUCAAAGUUUUGAGGAAGAUGAAAAUACGGUAGAGAAAUGGAAGGAGAUGGUGUUUACCGAAGUACGACGUUUUAAGCCACCGCAGGCAUUUGCCGACCUCUUGUCGCAGGCUCAAUAGCAAACAAACGAUAUGCUAUAAAUUUAGUUUUUUAGUUAAUCACAAGUCGUCCCCAAAUUGUAUUCAUAAAAUUUGAUCGUAAUUGUUUCCAAAACUACUGUCGUCACAGCCUUAAUAUCCAGUUCAACUUUUUUGGUGUUGGUGCUUAACAAUAUAUAUGUAAAUGUAUGUAUAUAUACUAUAUGUGUGUACAGUGAAAGCCCCUUUGAGCAACCUUGAAUAACUACAAGACCUCUUUCACUGUGUAUAUAUAUAUGCCUGUAUUUUGUAAAUGUAAAUGUAUGUAUAUUUAUGUACAAGUCUGCAAAGUGUAGUCUAUAGACGAU